AUGAUUAGCCAAAAUAGCAUCCGUGAUGCUCUUCCUGUAACAGUAGACGGAACAGCAGAGGAAUCCCCUCUGCUAAUGUCAGUGCAGUUGCCAAAAGAAUUUCUUGAAAAUUAUCUUGCAGGAAAUUUGGAAAACACUCAUCUAAAUUGCACUGAUUCAGGCGUCUCGGUCAUAACAGGAGGAAGGUCUUACAUCUGUAAUUCAAUACCAGAAACAGCACCCCAUGAAGUGUACAAACUGAAUGAUUCUCGAUCUCUCCAACUUGUAGGCCGAGUAUAUCAACGUCUCCAAUUGCGUCGAGAAUUUGAUAGCCGUAUGGCAGAACGGGUGAAGAGUAGAACGAAAGAAGCACAAAAAGAAAAAGAAGAAAAAAGAAUUGUUACCCUUCAUGAUACGGCUUCCAAGCCUACCCAAAGCACCCAAAAACCAAAAACACAUCGAUUACCUCAAAAAAAACUUAAUCGCCCCCUAAAUUCAUCUACUCUUUCUAAGACAUCUUCUCACAAUAGUUUGUCUUCAUCAGUCCCUACUCGCUCCUCUUCUCCACCUGUACAUGUUACAUCGUCAUCUAAUUAUCCAGCAUCCUCUUCUUCUUCAUCUACGAAGAACAAUCUUGAUCUUCGUUUCAGAAUCAUUCAACUGUUAGCUGUCGCGGCGGAACAGGAGGACGUUCUUUUGCAACGCACGAAAGCUUUACCCACUGAGUUGCAUUCUUUACUGCCCGAUAUCGCUCGAAAAGACCAUUACGGAAGGUGGGAAUUGCUUCCGAAGGUUUACAAAGAAGUUAGGGUAUACGACUGGCGGCCUUACAGUGUUGCUGAUCGACGUGCCGUAAUCCAACGGGCUACUCUUGCCUUUAAUGAACUAGGUCUACCACAGGAUGCACCGGAGCGUCUAUCCUUGGGUUCGGGUAUAAAGCCAUCAAAUCCAUUGUCAAAACACAAUGUCGACAAAAGAAUGUUCUCUAAUCAUGCUCCUACUUCGUCGGUACUAGCACCCUCCUUUGUGGACACAAACUCACCUUCGUCUUCCUCUUCACAUGCCUUACUAAAUAACAACUCACAUUCUCCUCGUCAAAAAUUUCCAAAGUCUUCUUCUUCGACUGAUUCACCUCCGUCUUCUGUUCAACAUAAAGUCUCAACCAACUUGUCUCGUACUGGUUCGGAAAGCUCAGCUGUGUCUAUAAGUGAUGCAGGGAACAUGAGCACUCCUGUCUCCGAUAUACCCUCACCUACUUCUUCCGCUAAUUAUUCCAACUUGUCAUCUCCUCAAGGGAAACGUAAAACAUAUUCCCCGUCAUACAGUCAUUCGAAUGCUCGAGCCGGCAUGCAUUCGACCAACGAUGUUUCAGACGCCUUAAAUCAGCAUCAAAAGCAAGAACAAUAUUUAUCAAAACCGAAAAAACGAAGACAACAACGGUACACGACAGAAGAAAUAAAAGCUUUAGCAUCACGUUUUCGGGAAACGUAUCCUCAGUAUAAAAAAUUAUACCAAAAAGUUUCAUACCUUUAUAAUAAUGCCGACACGGACAAUUCUGAUUUUUCGACGUUGCAAAGUGAACUGAUCUCAUUGCAUUCUCAACUUAAAAGCUGGAAAAAUACUCUUUAUGCCGCGUCCGAUGACCAACCAAUAUAG